AAUCCUUCGGCCGGGCCAUUGAGACGGCCUGUUCGCCUGCUCUCUGGGGACUGUUUAGCAUUGCAUUGGCCACUUGGGCUUUUCCGCCCUCCCCUCCGUCAUCUCUUUGCGCUGCCUUUCUAUCUGUCGUGCCUCUCAUGCGAGCCUGCCAUUCGCAGUCCUCGACAUAUCUUUCUUCGUUCCUUACAUCGACUUGCAAUCUUUCAGACUUCGGUAUUCACAGCCUUUUGUUUAGUAGCGACUGGUGGUUUAUAUUUUCCCCUCUUACCGUUUGACGUCGAAGUGCAUCGACGUACACCUCACCUGAAGGACUUUACCUCUUCUGACUACUUCAACACCCGACCUGCGCCUCGAAGACCUCUCUGCGCUCGAAUCGCCCACCGGACCUCACAGUCCUGGAUGAGCGACGAGCUUGUCUGUGCGACAGAUACCGGUCGCUGAGCCUCUAAGCUGUCGCGUCUGGCAAUCGAGCCUCUGGAUCACCGAGCCACUAUUGGUCUGCGAAUGGAGGCAUUACAAUACCGUCGAUUCCUGCUUGAGAUCUCAGAUGGUUGUGUAGGGAGCGCUUCGGGUGCAAGCCUGUGAACGGAAACGUCGACUUAGUGUGGCAUUGUCAUUCCAGCAGACCUUCAAUGUCCAUAUAUAGUUCAGGACAAAAAGAAAAAAGCAGUUCUUGGAACGAUGUCAGACAACAUUGGUAUCAAAUGGGCCCCAAAUUUGCAGCAGCCUCGCCAUGACCUGGGGUACCAGGUGGACAGAAAUGGGGUCAGUGUGCGUCAGUUCGGUGACAGUGGAAGAGAAAAUCAGCAGCCCGAGAUGGAUUGUCAGGAUGGCAGGGAUUCUGAGACCCAGGGCAACACGCCAACGGCUCUUUUCGCACGGGAUCCGCCAGAGAAGGUUGAUGAGGAUGUUUGUGGUGGUCUGAAUGUGCACUCACAGCCUGAUAUUUCUGUGUCGUCUGGGUUUGCCCCUCCCAGACCAGGGCCGCUAUCACCUUCAUCCGCUCAAAUGUCUUCGGAUUCGUUGAGGGCCUUGUCUGUGCCUGAAGGUGACCGCGGUACUGGUACUGGAUCGUCUGUGGGCCUGCACAAACUCUCAACAAGACCAUCACAAGGCCACAUGCGCGGGCGCCGGCCAUCACACUCCAAAUCUCUUUCAACUUCGCAUCCAAGAUUGUCUACUAAUGUUGAUCACCCAAGAUACCCAGACCAAUCUUUUGCUGCUUUACAAGCAAAUUUCACUGGCCACCGUCCUAAUCCACCGCUUCGAACGAGAAGCUCUCAUCCCGCCCAGAACCUCGUCUACAACGAAAUGUCAACUUGGAGACCGUCUAGAGAGCGGCAGCAAGGUUCACAUGGCACGAGAACAGCCGACAACACUCCGAUGUCCAGUCCUGGUCUUUUCAACCCGGAUGGUCGGGUGCCGUCAGCCUCAUCUCUGACAGACCUCUCACCACAGCUACACCAUCUUCAGACGCCAAAGGAAACACACACCGUCGAGAUCGAACAUGACACCUUCUCUGGAAACAAAUUCAUCAACAACUACGAGAUCGUGCAGGAACUGGGUCGCGGCGAACAUGGCAAGGUCAAGCUUGGAAGAGAUAUUGAGAAAGGGACCUUGGUUGCUGUCAAGAUUGUGCCUAGGUACUCCGCAAAACGCCGACUAGGUCGGCUAGGUGCCCCUGAAGACCGAACAAAACGUGAAGUCGCCAUCUUGAAGAAGGCCAGACAUCCCAACGUGGUCAGUCUUCUGGAGGUCAUUGACGACCCAAACAAGAACAAAGUCUACCUGAUCCUUGAAUACGUCGAAAAGGGCGAGAUCAAGUGGAGAAAACCAGGUGUCCGAGAAGUCCUAGCCGUCAACAACAACCGUUUCUCACAAGAACGUGUGGGUAUUGAGGUACCACUUGAACCGGCUGAGAGGGACCUGUUUCUCGUUGCGCAGGCCGCCCGACGUCACGAGCAGCAGGAAAGGGCACGUACGUCAAACUUGCAGCCCAAUCCAAACUGGUCUCUUGAACACGGAGGUGAAGAUGACGAAGAGGAUGGGUUUUCAGACAUUUCCCGAUCGGGAUCGCGAAACUUCUACGCUGCGUCUAGCAAUCCCAGCCGUACCAGCUCUCACGACGACUACGCUGACUCUGCUCUUGCUGGUAGCAUGUACGGUGCAUAUGUUCCCGAGCCAUAUCGAGGCAGGAAAUUCAGCAUCGCCACAAGCGCAAUCUCACAUAUGUCGUCAGAGUUCAAUUUCGACGAGGUUGAUGAUGAACACUCGUUCGUCCCUGCCUUGACGCUCGAAGAGACGUGUCGGGGUUUUCGGGAUACACUUGCUGGCCUUGAAUUCCUGCAUUAUAUAGGCAUCAUCCAUCGAGAUAUCAAGCCAGCUAAUCUUCUGGUGUCAGCUAAUGGCACUGUGAAGAUCUCAGACUUUGGUGUCUCUUAUUUGGGCCGUCCUACAACGGAGGAAGACCCUGAAAACAGAUUGACUGAGAAGGACGUGUCGGCAUUGGACGAUGAGAAAGAGCUGGCAAGGUCUGUGGGUACCCCGGCCUUCUGGGCUCCUGAGCUCUGUUACGAGGAUCCAUCCAUGUUCGAGGAAAAAGACGGUCCAAGAAUCACUGGAGCUCUUGAUCUCUGGGCUCUGGGUAUCACUCUCUACUGCAUGGUGUAUGCCCGUCUUCCAUUCUAUGCCAAUGACGAAAUGGGCCUGCACGAAGCCGUAUGCAAGGCUGAAGUGUUUUGCCCAAAGAGUCGAUUGGUGCCAGUCGACACCUCACGAGACAGACCAACCUCCUAUGUCCCUUCAACCAUCAACAGCAACAAACGGCUGGACUACGAGCUCAGAUUUGAACCUGUCCCGGAGGCUGUUCGUGACCUUAUUCGCAAGCUCCUCAUCAAAGACCCCGCCAAGCGUAUGACUAUCGAAGAAGCGAAGCAACACGAAUGGGUCGUUGAUGGCAUGCCGGAUCCAGAUCAGUGGCUCAAGGGCCCCAUGGAGAUGGCCAAAGAAAGCAAGAAGAAGAUUUUGGAACUGGACGAAAAGGAAAUUUCUCAUGCUGUUGGCAAGAGAAAUAUUAUCGAACGCGCCCUCAACACGGCCGGUCGUAUCGCGGGCAGCCUUCUCGGCCGAAGCAACACUCGCCGACGAGCUCCUAGCUCCGCAACUUCAGCAAGCCAUUCGAGCGAAUCUGUGGCGUCUCCUUCGAGUACUAGCACCGUUGGACGUAGUGACCGAGACAAGAUCCGAGAUGCUCGCCGGUCGUCGCUGAGAGGUGAUGAAGUUCUAGCCGCCUUGAAGACUUCGCGCGAGAACAGCGAGCAUCCUCUAGCACAAAGCCAGACGGCCAGUCCGGACGAUUCUUCACGCGACGCAUAUUUCAACUCGUCACUGGAGGCGCCAGAUGCAAUAUCGACUGUGUCUAGCCCUAUGCCUCAGCAAGAGAAUCGGCCUCGUGGGCCCGAUCGUGCGACUUCAACCAUGUCUACCGCCGAGUCAGUCCGGACCAUUCGAGCGUCGCAGAUGCAAAGAAUGCCACUCCCACAUGCAGAGACGGCGCCCGAGCUGGAAAGACCUCUUGGUCCUGGAGAACGAUCCUUCAAAGCUAUGGUCGAUGGACUUUGGCAAGGUACUUCGAGGACACUCGGACGGCUUGGGAGCCGGGACAGGCGCUCACAACGGAGUGAUCGCUCACCAGCGCCAAGCCGUCAUUCCUCGGAGGGUGAUGGCCAUGCAGGACCAAGCCUUGCUGUCAGUACAGCCUCGGCAGCUGGUGCCAUCGAGCAACCGGAAGCUCUGAGAACGGCUAAAUCACCAAUCGACUAUAACGCAGCUCCACCAGCGCCUCCCACGACCAAUGUCCAGGACACGAACUCAAAGGUUCAACCGAUUGGCUCUAGCCAAGAGGCCUUCCAGCAAGCUCAAGAACUCAAUCAACGGAGGCUCAUCCAGGAGGCCCAGUCGCAAGCCGAGGCAGCUGCUGAAGCCGCUUCAAAAGCACACAGCCAACCUAUCACGGACGAGUGUCCUCCAUCCCCCGACGAUAUCAUGUUUCUCGAGAAACACCGCACUCGUCUAGCGAAUGAGCCGCCGCCGUUCUCCAUUGAGGCUGGGCCGUCAGCAAGUACUAUUGCUUCGUCACUCGACGGCUACGGAACUAGUAGCGUAUCUCACAGCAUGUCGAAUCCAAGCUUUGGUGUUACGUCUAGCGCUUCUUCACCUCCAGGGGAAGGCUAUUUCCAAGGUGAAUCAGCCACGACUCCCAGAGAUACUCUUAUCUCAUCAAGAGACACCGAGCCAGAGUUCAUGCGUACUGCAGACACCAUUAUCAAACACGGUCGUCCGCAACAAACUGCAACUGGUGCAUCGCUCGAAGAAUGGUCGGCCCGUUCAUGUCACGAUGCCGAUGGCGACGAUGAUGACUCGGAGGAGGAGGUGAUGAUGAUGCCCUCAAGAGCGGCGACAACAACGAAGAAACCUCCUGUUGUCCCAAAAUGAGUACAGCAGGACCGCCAUGCACACCGUUUUCUUUCUCGGUCCACACAUGAUUCCACGACCCUUGACGCCUUGCAUUUCACCUUUUUUCAUAGAUACCCGAAUGAUAGACAGUACGGCGUCGGAAAUUCUUCUUUCACAAAUUUUCUCUUAUGUCAUGGAUGAAAUGAUUGUCAAAGGUCACAGAAUUUGCUAAGGGAGGGUAUGUGCGAAAAUCCAUUAUUGCUGGAGGCAUAAAAAUCUCAAAAGAGCGGGAGGAUUUUCUACCAUCCAUGCGAGAGCAGAGUGCUUGUACACAAGGAUGACAAGGGAAUAUUUCUAAUACCAGAAAAGGUCAGAAAGGACAGCACGAAAACGGCGAUGAAUGUUUCAUUGAAAAUGACGCUUUGUUGUCGCUGGCUGCUCAUAUGUUUCUCGCAGGCAUCGCGAUGGAGGAGAAAAGGCUCUUCUUGCCCAACACGAAUCGAAAUGUACUAUUAGCGACGGAGAUGAGUUGUUCAGUUGUCCCAAGGGUCAUGGUUGACGAAAGACAUAUCCGUUAGCGGACUUGAUGAAAAAUAAGAACAAGUUUUAUACGCGGAAAUAUCCAAUGUCUUAUGUCCUCCAUCCAGUCCAGUCCAUGAUUCGUGUCGGUGAGCCUAUUGAGUGAUAUUCUCUCGGAUACCGUCUCUCA